CUUUUCUUACACAUACAUAUAUAUAUAUAUAUAUAUAUAUACUACCAAGAAAAUGCCGGUGAAAUCUUCUCAGUCGUCGUAUCGAGAUCGCACCCAAGAGUUUUUUAAUGUAGCUGAGAAGCUACGCAAAUCGUUCUCUUCAUCAGCGCCACAUGCCCCGACUAGUAGUACUAGUUCCACCACCAUUGGUUCCAAGGAUGAGGCACCCAGAUCGGCCAUCUCGAUUCAGUCCGAAUUCAGCAAGAGGGCUUCCAAGAUCGGCUUCGGGAUUCACCAGACUUCGCAGAAACUCGCAAAGCUCGCUAAAAGGCAAAUUAUUAGAAAUGAACUCAUUUGAAUCUAAGAAUGUAGUUAUGAAAUAUUUUCUCUGCAUACCUUCAGUGGCAAAGAGGACGUCAGUUUUUGAUGAUCCAACAAUGGAGAUCCAAGAAUUGACAGCGGUUGUCAAGCAGGAUAUCACUGCACUGAAUUCAGCUGUUGUGGAUCUCCAACUCCUCUGCAACUCCCAAAAUGAAAGUGGAAAUAUAUCAAGUGACACCACCACCCAUUCAGCCACUGUUGUUGAUAACCUAAAGAAUCGCUUAAUGAGCGCCACAAAAGAGUUCAAGGAAGUCCUCACUAUGCGUACAGAGAACUUGAAGGUUCAUGAGAACAGAAGGCAAUUGUUUUCUUCCACUGCUUCAAAAGAUUCUACUAAUCCUUUUGUUCGCCAGCGUCCAUUGGCUGCCAGAGCAGCAGCUAGUGCAUCAGCAUCUCCUCCUCCUCCAUGGGCCGAUGGCUCAGCAUCUUCAUCCCAGUUAUUUCCUAGGAAGCAGGCAGAUCGAGAAUCUCAGCCACUUCUGCAACAACAGCAACAUCAACAGCAACAGCAGAUGGUUCCUUUACAAGACAGUUAUAUGCAGAGCCGAGCUGAAGCUCUCCACAAUGUGGAAUCAACUAUUCACGAGUUGGGCAACAUCUUCACUCAAUUGGCAACCAUGGUUUCUCAGCAAGGAGAGCUUGCAAUCAGGAUUGAUGAAAACAUGGAUGAUACACUUGCAAAUGUGGAGGGGGCACAGGGGCAGCUAGUCAGGUACCUGAACAGCAUAUCAUCGAAUCGAUGGCUGAUGAUCAAGAUAUUUUUUGUAUUGAUUGUAUUCCUUAUGAUUUUCCUAUUUUUUGUGGCAUAAUAGUUUUUUAGUAGAAUCAUUAAAUAAAGAAAAGGGAAGAAGAGCUCUAUCUUUUCCUUCUUACUAUUGGGGAGCCUCUGCUUGUUUUUCUUCUUCUUAGGAAGUUCAAAAAUCUGAACAUGCUGCAAAUUUGGCAUACCAAAAAGCCUUUAACUGGGGGUAAGUUUUGA